AGGAUGAUGGAGUGCGCUUCCCCGCGGGCAGUGGGAGCUGCUCUCCGGCCACAAGGAUAAGUGAGACAAAUUAGAAAAAGUGAGCAGCUAUAAGACGAUUUCAAUAUCUUUAACUGAGAGGGGACUUGACAGAUUUCAUAGGCUGUAAGUGCAAGCUCCUCCACUGGGCAUGCUCAAUCUGGUUUGAAACAGGAGCAGAGAGCCUCGGUGUGAAUAACAGGCAGUUUGGGCGUUUUUUGAGGAGGCUCAUCGCCCUCUUCAUCCUCGAUUCGUCUUAUUUGGUCUAGUGUACAGAUCUGAGAAGAGGACCGUUCAGCCUUUGAUCCGACUGGGAUAUUUUUCAUCCUGAUCAUGCAUGAAUGACAGCGGUGAAGAUCUGCGCUCUGAUCUUAUCUGCUGAGACAAAGAGCGGCUGUGUGUGGCGGUGGCGUCGCCCAAACGGCGCGGAGAGGGAGCGGACUGAGCUGAGCGUGACGGAGGUGAGUCUGGAGGCAGCUCCGCGUCUCCAUCAGACGCUGUCCGCUCAGCACCACCGCAGUCACCUUGCUGUGAAAGUCACGAACAACAGACGACCUGCUGGAUUCAAUGACCCGAUCUGGAAACUGUUGCCAUCUGGGUGUGUGUGUUUUUAAAAUAUGUGCACAUCUGUGAUCUGGGAGCAAUGUGACGUCCAUUCCUAAUGUGACUCCAUUGGCUGCACUCAUUUUGAAUGCCGAUUCUAUACCUUCAGCAGAGCCUGGCAAUGUUAACAGUUUAAAAUCAGCCAGGUGCAUGUCAGGUGUUGGUCAACAAUACAGGAUAAUAGAGGGAAUGCAUGACAAACAACCCUGAUUUCCUCCCAACUUGCGACUGGUUGCUUUGUGCGUAAUUGCUGUGCGCCGCUAUAAAGGUAUAUCUAGACUGACCUUUGCAAUGAGUGGAACUUAGUGGAGAAAUGCCUAAGGGACGCGAUGGGCUUGAGCGACGACAAGGAUCGCAUUGUGAUAAACGUGGGAGGGAUCAGACAUCAGACAUACCGCAGUACCCUGCGCACCCUACCUGGAACCCGCUUGUCCUGGCUGGCCGAGCCUGAUGCGCCCAACCACUUCGACUAUGACGCCAAGAUCGAGGAGUUCUUCUUCGACCGCCACCCGGGCGUUUUUGCACAUAUCCUUAAUUACUACAGGACGGGUAAACUGCACUGCCCGGCCGACGUUUGCGGGCCGCUGUAUGAGGAGGAGCUGGCCUUCUGGGGCAUCGAUGAGACAGACGUGGAGCCAUGCUGCUGGAUGACCUAUCGACAGCACCGGGAGGCAGAGGAGGCUCUUGAUAGUUUCGGUGGAGGGGGUCUGUUAGACCUGGGGAGCGAGGAUCCGGAGCCAGAGCCGGAGCAUGAGGAUGAUGAUGAGAUGACAAGGAGGCUGGCGCAGGGGGAUUCACCUGACGUGAGGAGCAGCAGCCUGUGGAGCCGCUGGCAGAAACGGGUCUGGGCUCUGUUCGAGGAUCCCUACUCUUCAAAAUAUGCCAGGUGGAUUGCUCUGGCCUCGCUUUUCUUCAUUUUGGUGUCUAUCACCACCUUCUGUCUGGAGACCCACGAAGCCUUCAACCCGAUUGUGAACCGCACCGAGACGGAAGUGCUGGACAACGAAACGGUGGUGAGCACAUACCAGGAGACCGAGACGGCGGCCUACCUCACCUACAUCGAGGGCGUCUGCGUUGUGUGGUUCACUUUUGAGUUUCUGAUGCGAAUAACUUUCUGUCCAAACAAAUUUGAUUUCAUCCGGAACGCGCUCAACAUCAUCGACUUUGUGGCCAUCCUGCCCUUCUACCUGGAGGUGAGCCUCAGCGGGCUGUCCUCCAAGGCAGCGAAAGAUGUGCUGGGAUUCCUGAGAGUUGUCCGCUUUGUGCGGAUCCUGCGUAUCUUCAAGCUAACCCGUCACUUCGUGGGGCUGCGAGUCCUGGGUCACACUCUGAGGGCCAGCACCAACGAGUUCCUCCUCCUCAUUAUUUUCCUUGCUCUUGGCGUCCUCAUCUUUGCCACAAUGAUCUACUACGCAGAACGCAUUGGAGCUGACCCCAAUGACCCGAGAGCCAGUGAGCAUACACAGUUCAAGAAUAUCCCAAUCGGAUUCUGGUGGGCAGUGGUGACGAUGACGACCCUCGGCUACGGAGACAUGUACCCUCAGACGACCUUUGGCAUGCUGGUUGGAGCCCUGUGCGCCCUGGCAGGUGUGCUGACCAUCGCCAUGCCCGUACCAGUAAUUGUCAACAACUUUGGAAUGUACUACUCCCUGGCAAUGGCUAAACAGAAACUACCAAAGAAAAAAAACAGGCAUAUCCCCAGAGCGCCCCAACCAGGCUCCCCUAACUACUGUAAGUCCAGCAUCAGCUCCCAGCAUCCAAGCCCUUUAGCCCACGACGAUGUGUUUGAGAUCAAAUUUCAAGACUCCAAGCUGAAUGGCGAAGCGGCUAACGCAGCACUGGCCAACGAAGACUGUCCGCACAUAGACCAGGCCAUUUCUCCGGAGGAGAUCUUCAGCCCCAGCGAGCGAGAGCGGCCCUGCUUCUUGGUCACCACGGCUGAACACCCCAACCACACGGGGGGCAGAGUGAGGAGGGGUUAUGAAAAGCCUUGGAGCCUUAACAGCAUGUCUGGCAUGAGCGGGGAUGCCUCUGGAGUGUCCUCAGUGUCCGCCCUGCCCUGCAGCCCACCCUGUCUAAUGCAGCACUCACAUUCUCCCAUCCCAUCCAUUAUGUAGCAUGGUUGAGUAGCAGACACAAUGCCAUUGGAAGGCCAGUCCACAAUCCUCCUUCUUAUCUCUCCUGUCAGACUUUGCUUUGACACUUCUUGCCUUCGCUCCUGAUUUUGUUUUCUUCUCAUUAUGGUUUGUUUUGGUUUUUCUUUUCCCUGGAACAAUGUAUCUUAACUGUGCUUAAACUUAAGCUUCCCAAGUGAUACACUUGGGUGUGUCAUCAUAUUCUAUAGUAGUCAACAUUGGCAUAUGCCACUCUGCAUGGGACACCUGAGCUGCAGACGAAGCACUAUUCCACUGCAGGCUAAUUCCUUUUUUGUUUUCCUGUGUUGACAUCAUUGCCUGUUGCUCUGUUGCUUUUGAUCUCUCAUACUCUUCUGCUAAUAAGUUUGAUCUCAUUUGCUUUUUUGUCUUAUUGUUUUUUUUAAAUUUUGUAAAAAUAUACUUUUUUUCCAUGAGAUGUAACCCCUGUUGAUAGUUUGCUGGAAAUUAACUCAUUGCUUUGAAACAUAUCUAAAAGCUGUUAAGGCAACUAUCAAGUGCUUUGUGUGUUGCAAAGUAGAGACGUUUUUAUGCAGAAGUGCAAUCCAGACAAGACUCCAUGUUAACUGAGUGGCCAUUAGAAAUAUACAUAUUUGAACGCAAUGUUCAUGAUGUCCAAUGCAAUAUGGAGAUUAUGACAAUUCCUUUGAUGCCAGUGAUGGAUACAUUUAAUGUCAACAGAACUAAAACUGUUAAUUUGCAUGAACUGCAUGAUAAAUCAUGUUCAACCAGAAGCUUAUUGUAAUGCAGUAACUGUAAGAAAAAAAAAAGAAUUUAAAAGCUUCCUGAACUUUUUCAUUCUUAUGCAUUUCAAGACAGCUUUACAAGAGACUCAGUCAUAGCAGAGAUUUUUUAUGUAGCCACCAUUCUUUGCCUUUCCCCAACUUUAUACAUUUAUUUUCCUUGUCAUUUGACUGCGGUCUCUCGCUAACACAGAAUGGUCUAACUUGAACAAAUUUGACACAAAGCCAACAAAUGCCAUUUUAUAUGACAGUGUUCACUGGUAGUUUAGGGUUUUUAAACUCUGUAAAUACUCUUUAGCAACUUCUGUUACUGCUGUGCUGCUUGACCUGAUGCAGGACUCAUGAUUUAUACGGGCGCACCUCAAUAAAUUAAACACUUACUUAUUUUAUUAACCAAAAAGUGAAACUCAGAUUAUAUAGACUGAUUACAUCCAGAUUUAUAUAUUUCAAGCAUUUAUUUCUGGAAAUAAGAUCAAUAAAAAAGAAAAUUUGAAGAAUGAGCCAUGUUUUGUCCUUCAUAAUUAUAAGGGCUGCUUAAGAGACAGUUGUCCAGAAGUCAGACAUGUUGGGCAAAUAAGCCGACAGAGGUCUAACAAAAAAUAAAAGUUUGAACAGACAGGGAUGAUUUGGGAGCCAUGUCAUCUGCUGGGUUUUAUUGAGUCCAAAGUGAGUAUUUUUCUACCAGGAACUUAGCGCACCUUAUGCUACCUUCAGCUGACAAGCUUUAAACAAGAACAGAUUUAGUUUUCCAGCAGGAUGUGGCACCUGUGAUGCUGGAUCUGUCGGAAAAUUCACCAGAGCUAAAUCUCACAGAGCAAACCUUUUGCAAUACUGGCCUAAAUUAAACAUUGGGUUACAUUUACCUGCUCAGCAAUAAAUUAAACAUUCAAUAUCCAAAUUGAAUGAACAAAUUAGUUUGAAUUUCAUAGAAAAUGAUCUGUUAAGCAUUGCAAUCCUAAAACAUAAGAAUCUUACAUAUUUUUCUCACAAAACAAAGUCAUUCAAUGUCCCAGUCUGUGGUGUGAUAACAGAUUUAUUGCUUAUUCUUAGCAAUAAGAGCAAGAUGUGGGUCAAUACUUGUUGUAUUUGGUUAAAUAAAUGGACCCAAGUCGGUUUUUGAAUAAACGCUGUUGGAAUUAGUUAUGUUGGUAAAUGGUACCAAAAAGAACCUGCAGAGUAUUGGUGAGACACCUGGACCAAUAUGCUGCUAAAGCCAUCUGGGUUUCCUUAUUACCUCAGCAGGGGGUCGCCUCCGUGCCCUAUUGCAUUGAUGCAGACAUUCCUGCAAAAGGAACCCAAGUGUUACAUGAGUAUUUUCAGUAGGCAGUUAUAAAAAUAUUUUUUUUAUGGGUCUUUUUUGACAUUCAGAUUUUUUAAAAAACGUAAUCUUAGUUUUUUAAUAGACAUAAAUUGUAUUUAAUUAAAAGAAAAUGAAAUAAAUGCUUUUAAAGAUAUAGUUCUGUGUGUAAUUAAUAAAUACAUAUAUUGUAUUUCACUUUUGAAUUCAAUUCCUGAAAAGUAUUUAUUAAGAUGUGCCUGUAAAACAAUGGUGCCUUCAUAUCAAGUAAAGCAGAGAGAAAUUGACACCUUAUUAAACAAAUGUUCCCAGUGUAGCAUCAUUAUGCCACUUUAUUUCCUAAGUAGGUACUUUUAGCUCCACCCUGAUACUCUUAAUCAAAUUAAUGUCCUCUUUGGUUAUUGUUGUUACACACCAGUGAUAUUACAAUUUAACAUUUAGCACCAAGCAAAAAAAUAUAAGCUGGAAAAAAAGAUGAAGGAAAAAAUAAUUUUAUACUUCUCAUAUCUUGUUGUAUAUUAAAGCACAAAAAUAAAAGGGGACCAAGCAGCUCUACAGAGCCAAAAUGUCUCAAGUUACAAUCAGAUAUCACAAGGAAUCCUGCUGUGUGUUUGUCUACUGAUCAAUACAAAUACAUGUAUUGAUACCGUCCCAACAUUUAUGCACAAGUCUUUUCAGGGCACUUUAUUAAAUUCUAUGUAGAGCAAUCAGUAAUGUUUAUUUCUGUAAGAAAAAAGAAGAUAUGGUAAUUAUAAGAAGUCAUCCAACUUUUGUUUCUAUUCUGAAUUGAGCAUUGUUUCACAUUUUGCGUCAUGUCUCUUGUGGUAUCUGGUGAACGUUCUAUGCUUAAAAAAAUAUAUACAUUUGUGUAGAUUUGGUGUGAAGAGAAUUUUAUGGUCAUGCAAUUCAAAUGCAGGAGAGGGGGAAACAUGAUGUGGGUCUAUUUGGGGAAAGGUAAAUGCAUGUAUUUUAAAUUUAUGCAAAAGAAAAGCAUUCAAAUAAAACAUGUAAAUACAAGUCAUUGCAUGAAAUAAAUUUUAUACACAACAAGCAUUCAGACUUUGUUUUUUUUCAGCAGCACAUGCAUAUGUACAUCUUUCCUUUCCCACUGGCUUUGCCGCUAAGGUUUUCAACUGCGGAUUGAUGUUCUGACUAUGUGUACAGAAAGCUGAAAAUCAAUAAAUAAAGACAAAAAAAUGGGGUGACUGUGAGAGCAUGAUGGAAAAUACCCAAACGCAUGACAAUGACCGAACUACUCUACAUCGAGUUGUAGAACGUGGCAUGACUGGGCAUGUUCAUUAUUAACCAACUCCAGAGUCCAACCGAUGCACUCAGACGGUCCGUUUUGGUGUCUGACGCCUUGGCUGAAGCAUGGGAAC